GCCAAGCAAAAAGAGGAAGACCGCAUGCUAUGGUUGUUCGGAGAUUCUUCGAAUUCACGAUCUUAAAGUCAUAUGAUUCACAGCAAAUAUAGCAACAAAUAUCUCAAUUGGUAUUUUCCAAAGCCACGAAACGUGCAUUGAGUUUGGAGCGAUAUGUGAAGUGAAGAUUGAAGACGUGAUAGAAGAUGGACGACUACUGCUAUGCUAAGAUGGCGACGUCAUGUAAAAGAGAAAGUGAAAGAGAAUCAACUUCCAGCAAAUCAACAACGGAGGAAAAGACGAAAGAUGAAGACGUCCAGCAGAUGAUUAGUCCUUCAGAUGAACAUGGGGGCUCCACUUUGAAGCAAGAGUCUCCAUGGCCCCCCCACAUUAAAGAGGAGGAGGAGGAGGAGGAGGAAUUGAGGAUAACGGAGAAAGCUGAUCUCACCAAGUUGCCACUGACUGUUGUCUCUGUGAAGACUGAAGAUGAUGAAGAGAAACCACAAUUCAACAACCUCAUAGCUCCACUGUCAGAUAGUGAGGCUGAAGACGAGGUUGAAGAACAUUUGAGCAGCGACACAGACUGUGAAGGUGAUGUGAGGACUAAGAAAAACUUGGGAAGCUCUAAAAAGAAGUGUGGUACAAAAUGUUUCAGCUGCUCAGUUUGUGGUAAAAGCUUUACUCAAAAGAACACUUUGACUGUUCACAUGAGAAGUCACACAGGAGAAUACCCAUUUGGUUGUUCAGUUUGUGGUAAAGGAUUGAGUCGUAAAAUUGAUUUGACUCGACACAUGAGGGGACACACAGGAGAGAAACCAUUUACAUGUUCAGUUUGUGGUAAAAAUAUUUCUCAAAAGGCCGACUUGGCAGUACACAUGAGAACACACACAGGAGAGAAACCAUUUAAAUGUUCAAUUUGUGAUCAAACGUUUUCCCAAAGUGCCCAUUUAACUGUGCACACGAGAACACACACAGGAGAAAAACCGUUUAUGUGUUCAGUUUGUGGUGAAAGAUGUUCUCUUAGGAGCAGUUUGACAGCACACAUGAGAACACACACAGGAGAAAAACCAUUUGAUUGUAAUGUUUGUGGUAAAAACUUUACCCGUAAACAACAUUUGACUGCACACACAUACACACACACGGGGGAAAAAACAUGUAAUUGCUCAGUUUGUGGGAAAACUUUUUCUCGCAAGGAAAGAUUGACCGGACACAUGAGAACGCACACUGGAGAAAAACCAUUUAAAUGUUUAAUUUGUGGGAAAAGCUUUUCUCUCAAGACUCAUCUCACAGGGCACUUGAGAAGACACACCGGAGAAAAACCCUUUAUUUGUUCAGUUUGUGGCAAAAGCUUUUUUUCCAGGCGAGGUAUGAGCCAACACACAUUGAAACACACAAUUGACAAAAACAUGUAAGUGUUUCACACAUUGUAUAAGAAAGAUGCGAGACAAUAACAAAUACCGUAUUUUCCGCACUAUUAGCCGCACCUAAAAACCACAAAUUUACUCAAAAGCUGACAGUGCGGCUUAUAACCCGGUGCGCUUUAUAUAUGGAUUAAUAUUAAGAUUCAUUUUCAUAAAGUUUCGGUCUCGCAACUACGGUAAACAGCCGCCAUCUUUUUUCCCCGUAGAAGAGGAAGUGCUUCUUCUUCUACGCAAGCAACCGCCAAGGUAAGCACCCGCCCCCAUAGAACAGGAAGCGCUUCUUCUUCUACUGUAAGCAACCACCCGCCCGCGUAGAAGAAAAAGAAGGGCGCGGAUAUUAUGUUUCAUUUCCUUUGUGUGUUUACAUCU